GUAGAUUGUCGAAAUCAGUAGAAAUAAAUAAUAAAAAUACAUAACCUUUUUUAUUUGUUUACAAUUUUAAAUUCUGAUUUCUGAUAGUCAUUAAAUAUACCUAUGUAUUUUGAUAUUAUUUAUCAGACAUUACAUAUGAUAAAUAAACACAAAAAAAUUAAAAUUGAUUAAAAUAUUUAAAACAAAAAUUGUUGUAAAAAUUAUAAGUAAUAACAUUAGUAAUAUUCAAACAUUGUGAAUUGUACCAUGUCAUAUGUGUGGAAUAGAGAAAAAGUAGAAAAAUUGAAGAAAUUUAUAAAAAUAUUAAGGAUAUUGGAGUUAGUGGAAAUAAUCGAAGAAGAAGAAAAACUUGAAAAAAUUCGAAAGCGCCGAAAAUGCUGGACACGUCGAUGGAUUAUGAAGAGGACGAAUGAUUUACGGAGUACAAUUCCUCUAGCUCAUAAUGAACUUUGUUUGGAAGAUACUGAGUAUUUCAAUAGAUUUUUUAGAAUGAGAGAAGAUCUAUUUGAUCAGCUUGUUGAUAUGGUAACACCAUACAUUAAACGACAGGAUACUCAAAUGAGACAAAGUAUUACUCCUAGAGAUCGUGUCUUUGUUACAUUAAGAUUUCUCGCUACUGGAGAAUCUUAUCGCAGUAUGGAGUAUUCGACAAGGAUUUCUGCUGGUACGAUUUCUCAAAUAAUACCUGAAACAUGUCGUGUGAUAUACACACUUCUCCGAAAAGAAUAUUUAAAGAUACCUAAUACCCGUGAUGAGUGGGAAAAAAUUUCCAAUGAAUUUUUUAGACAAUGGCAAUUUCCUAACUGCCUUGGUGCUAUGGAUGGACGCCGUAUAACUUUCAAACCACCUUCGAAAGAAAGUUCAUUAUAUUAUAAUUACAAAGGAACUCAUAGCAUGGUAUUAUUAGCAUUAGUUGACGCUAAUUAUCAAUUCAUUUAUGUUGACGUCGGCAUUAAUGGUAGAGAUAGUGAUGAAGGAGUUCUAAGUGAGUCUGAUAUUGCACCGAUUUUGGUUGAUCCAGAAAAUCCACUUAAUAUACCUUCUGAUAAAGCAUUACCAGGAACAGAUGAUGUAGUACCACACGUUAUUCUUGGUGACAAUGCAUUCCCACUUCAAAAGCAUCUGAUAAAACCGUAUUCAACGGAACAUUUGACUCAUGAAGAACGUAUUUUCAAUUACCGAUUUUCUCGAGGCAAGAGAAUCGUCGAAAAUGCCAUCGGUAUUUUAGCUAAUAGAUUUCGUGUUAUGUUGGUGCCGAUGAAUUUACCGGUUGAAACUGUCCAGACAAUAACUCUUGCAUGCUGUGCUUUGCACAACUUUUUUGCUAAAGAAAAUGCAGCUUAUUUAUGUGGAACAACAGACCUUGAAGACUCAACAAAUCAUACAGUAACAGGAGGUAGAUGGAGAGACGAUAAUUGUGAAAUGAGUCUUUUAGAACCUGUUAAUUCGAGACCAGAAAAAAUUGAUUUACAAAAUCGUGAUUAUUUUAAACAAUACUUCGUUGGUGUUGGCCAAGUUCCAUGGCAAGAUAACAUGAUUUAAAUAUAUAAAAAUUAAUGUUACAGACAGUUGGAAUAUAG